UGAACUUAAUCAUACAAUAUGCCUUUAAAAACCUGCUUACUUGACGCUCCACACAUUUUUUUGGGAGUGUUAACGUUUGCUCCGUCCAUUCAAGCGGGAUCGUUGUCGCGGCAGGCUGCGCACAGCGCACGCGCAGGAAACUCGGUCAAAGUCUCACCCCAACCCCACCCCCUCGCGUGCACGCGCCACCCUGCAACCAUCACGAGCUCGCUUGUCACGGUUGCAGAGGAGGGACUAAAUUACACCAGUGCGUGGGUCUGGGUGCAUCUGAGUGUGCGUGGGUAAUUCACAGCAGAUGACCAGUUGAGGGGAUGGAGGUCUACUGGGGAUGUGAGCGUUUCCGCAGACGGCUCAAACACUUUUAAGCCGCGCGGUGAUGGAGCCUUUGCCCGGCGCGUGAGUGCGGAUGCGAAUGCCGCACCGGUGUCACCAGCGCCGUGGGGAUGGAGACCGACUAUUUCCUGGCAGGGAUCUGCGUGGUCCUGCUGUGCCUCCGUGGUUUCGCCUCCCCUGGAGUUUGUCCCGACCGUUGUGACUGCCAGCAACCACAGCGUCUCACGUGCGCCAACAGAGGUUUGCGCUUUGUCCCCCCUCAAAGCAGCGACCGGGAGGAGGUGCUGGUCUUGAGUCUCGGGGGCAACUUCAUCGGAAACAUCUCUGCAGUCGACCUGGGAAGCUUCACCGGUUUAGUCCGUUUGGAUUUGCAGUUCAAUCAAAUCCAAAGCAUCCAUCCUAGAGCAUUUGAGAAACUGUGUCAUUUGGAGGAGCUCUACUUGGGACAUAAUCAUUUAUCUGACAUUCACACUGGGACUUUGAAGCCCUUGAAGAAGCUGACAGUCCUUUAUGGGAAUAAUAAUGACAUCGUUGAAAUAAGGCCAGGGCUUUUGGACACUUUGGACCAUCUUGUUAAGUUGCGCUUGGAUGGCAACAAAAUUCAAAGUUUGCAGGAUUCACUUUUUAAAGACUUGGACAAUCUGCGCUAUCUUCAUCUGGAGUCCAAUCAGCUACAACACAUUCACAGGAAUGCCUUUUCGAAACUUGCCAACCUGCGCUUUCUCAACCUGUCCCGCAAUAAGCUGCCCGCCCUGCGUGGUGCUCUCACCUUUGCGCAUCUCACGGCCUUGACAACUUUAUUGCUGUCUGAAAAUGAGAUCCAACACGUCGGCAAUAAAGUUUUCCACAAUCUAACCAAACUGUCCACAUUAUCCCUCUGUAAUAACAGGAUUGCUCAUCUGCACAGGGGUACUCUUCUCGGUUUUUCAAGCCUCAAAGAGUUCCUGAUAGAUGGGAAUGAGCUGGAGGACAUCCCGGCUGGGCUUCUGGAUCCUCUGGAGCUUGUGGAGCAUUUGGACUUUAGCCGCAACCGGAUCUCUCGUGUUGACUCUUUAGCAUUUAUUCACCUAAAACAUCUCAGGGUUCUGAAGCUCAGGAAUAACUUCCUAACAAGCCUACCCGGUGACAUUUUCAAUCCAAAUAACUUUCUUCGCGACCUGGAUCUCCAUGGCAACAACUGGAGCUGCGACUGUCGCCUCGAGAAGCUGAAAAGAUGGAUAUCGGCAACACAUUCUGAGGGCAAACUCUUUGAUGUGUUUGUUCGGUGUCAUCACCCAGCAACCCUGAGGGGCACCCCCUUGGACCAUGUGAACAGUUCUCAGUUACAGACUGUUGGGAACUGGAGCCAUUUGUGCGGGAGCCAGGGAGCCAAGAUGAAGGCUGAGGUUUGGCAGAAAAAAAGCGGAAGAGAUGAUCCGAAGCAACAAAAGCGGGAUAAGACGAGACAAGGAAAGGAAGAGGCGGGGAUACAAGGAGACCAAGGGGGGACAGAGGUGCCACUCUUGGUUCAUUCAUUUAAAAAGGACUCCCACCGAUCCAACUCACCAACAGACGUACUUCGAAAAAGUGCCAAAGUUGGUGGGAAACUUUCCAGAACCAAACCUGAGAAGCAAAAGACCACACCAAGUCAUGAUGGGACCCAGGAGAGUGCCUCCAUUACUCUCAUCCCACCUAUAGAAAGGUUUGAUCUUCUUAGGAUGGACCACCAGGGGGCCCCAUCGAUCAUCACCGAUCCGUGCGCGUUCAACAGCCAUUUCAUCACGAAUGUGUCCGUGGACCAGGUCACGAGCACUACAGUGACGGUCUAUUGGGCGACACCUGGACUCAGUCCAGUCCUGGAUGAGGUGCACUACCGGAUUAUGUUUGACCGGUUUGGGACAGCCAACCGGUUUCCACGUUACGUUUACAGCCCUGGCUCAAGUCGGUCAGUGACCCUGCGGGAGCUCUGCCCAGGUGUCACCUACAUGGUGUGCGUGGAAGGCGUGGUUUCCGGUUCGGUGUGUCAAGUGGCGCCCCGCGAUCACUGCUCAGGUCUGGUCACUCUUUCGGAGGAUUCGGUCUCGACCGCCAACCUCCAGCUGGUGACGGUGCUGACGUUGGCCGGGAAUGCUGUGCUGCUCCUCAUCCUGGGAUUGGUCUGGCUGGGACGCAGCCUCAAGAAGAGGUUGCAGAGGAGGAAGUCGGCGGUUCAUGUACGCCACAUGUACUCCACCAGAAGACCUUUUCGGGCUAACGUAGCAAACACCGCGUCCACCGACUUUACCAGCUACCACAGCAGUCGCCCAGCCCGACUGGUACCACCAGAACUGGGAGACCUCAUCGAAUUCCCUUGUGACCGUGUUCAUGAUACCGGAUCCUCUCGCAGAGACAUUGACCUGCCCAGAUUCUCCGACUAGGAUUGUAAAGGAGGGCGUAGUUUCACACAUUCAAUGGACACAUCCUCAUUGUUUGAGAGCGGCGGGAGGAGAUUGUUUUUUCUUCAUGAUUUUCAAGCUAAUUCUAACUUCUGUCAUCUUGUCGAGCAUUAUCUAACCAUUCUGCCUGUGCCUAUAACGUCGCAGACGUAGAUUAAAAAAAGAUUGGAAAUUGGAUAAAUUCUCGCGGCACACCUCAUGACCUCAUGUGCAGCUGAGUCGGCAGGGCCCUUUGAGAGCCCAGAGGAAGACAAAGUCCUCAACCACACACAUUCUCUUCUCGACUCGUGCCUUCCAUUUCCUCCCACCUGCAAGAUCUUUCAAAUGUGCUUUUGUUUUGAAAUGUUUUUAAUGCGAGUGUGUGAGAAUGAAUGAUAAAUCACUGAUUUCAACUGUGGUGCUAGUUUUCACUUUUGCAGAUAUUUUAAUGUCAAUGUGUACAGUUUUCUUUUUUCUACAAUUUUCUUUUGUCAUUAAAGGGAUCUUCAUAACAUUUUUGUCCCCUGGAGAUGGAAUUUUA